GACUGAAGCCAACCAAUGAUGGAAGGAGCGGGCAACGAGUCUCGUGGGGGUUUCAUCCUGCUGGGCAUUUCUGGCCAUCCCCAGCUUGAGAUGACCUUUUUUGUUGUCAUUCUCUUCUCCUAUCUGCUGACUCUCAUUGGGAAUUCAAGCAUCAUUCUGCUUUCCUGCCUUGAUGCCCGGCUCCAUUCUCCCAUGUACUUCUUCCUCAGCAAUCUCUCUUCCCUAGACCUUGCUUUUACCACCAGCUCAGUCCCCCAAAUGCUUUUCAAUUUAUGGGGACCAGACAAGACCAUCAGCUACGGCGGCUGUGUGACCCAGCUGUAUGUUUUCCUUUGGCUAGGGGCUACUGAGUGCAUCCUGCUUGUGGUCAUGGCUUUGGACCGCUACGUUGCCAUUUGUCAGCCCCUGCACUACAGCAUCACCAUGAGUCCUCAGCGCUGCUGGCUUCUGGCUGCUGCUGCCUGGCUGGGGGGCUUGGGCAACUCGGUGAUCCAGUCAACAUUCACUCUGCAGCUUCCAUUCUGUGGGCACCGGAGCGUGGACAACUUCCUAUGUGAGGUGCCUGCCAUGAUCAAACUGGCCUGUGGAGACACGAAGCUCCAUGAGGCCGUGCUCAAUGGCGUCUGCACCUUCUUCACGGCCAUCCCACUGAGCGUCAUUGUGAUCUCUUACUGCCGCAUCGCCCAGGCCGUGCUGAGGAUCCGCUCGGCCGAGGGACAGAGAAAGGCCUGGAACACGUGCCUGUCCCACCUGGCGGUGGUGUUUCUUUUCUACGGCUCGGCCAUCUACGGGUACCUGCUUCCGGCCAAGAACAGCAACCAGGACCAGGGCAAAUUCAUUUCCCUCUUCUACUCAGUGGUUACACCCAUGGUGAAUCCUCUCAUCUACACGCUGAGGAACAAGGAAGUAAAGGGGGCUCUGAGAAGGCUUCUGAGGAGAGGACGAGGAGGCACUUGAUAUGAGAAAAUUCCUCCAUCGUUUUUUGCUGCUUUAUCUCUAUUCAUUUGUUUCCCUCGUUAUUUUUCUGCCUAGAAGAGUGUAAGGAGUCCUAACACUGAUAAAAAACAAGGCUUUCUCUUGACAACUCUAGCUGUUGAAAUGCAGUUGGUGUUAUUUCUGAUGUUCUGUACUCAAUUACAAAAGAUUCUUCUCUGGCUGUAGCAAAUGGCACAGAUGUGUGUCAGCAGAACCUGCCAGGUCACUGUCCUGCUGCGGAUCCUGCAGUGAAUCUGCUCGCCACAUGUUCACUCCUGCAAAAUCCUGUUCUCUUCUAAGGAAAAUACCUCUACAUUCACUUUCUUAUAUCAUGUUGCUAAACACAUCAAAUCAAGCUACAUAUGAUUAAUUUCAUUAAAAAUAUUUCAUCUCUGAAUUCCAUCCCUUUCUCUCCUCUAAUACUCUUUCUACCCAUGCUUGUCAUCUGGAUUUUCCGUCAUCUUGUUUAUCUGAUCCCUAGGUCUCAUUCCAGUUUCCCUUCUGCCUGAUUUCAUAUUUAGUGAAGCAAAAAAUAGGACAGGUCAUUUUAAAUUUCAUUCUACCCGAAAGCAUUCUUUGCUGUAGUCUGCGUCAUCCUACCUAAACAUCCUAAGCAUCAGUUUGGCACAUAGCAUUUGAGUGUUUUAGUAUGGGAAUGCUCUUGUUUGUGGCCAAAGACAGAUCAGCUAGCCAGAGAGCAUGAGCUCUGUCCUGGGAUCCAGGCUUGACCCUCAGA